UUUCUAAAAAAAAAAAAAACAAAUAAAUUGGUUAAUAGUAAUAACAAUGAUUCAAUUUUAUUCUUACCAGUAUCUGUCCUUUAGAAAGGGGCUUAUAAAAGAGAUAGAGGUGAGUAAACUUGAGCUUCAGCUUUCCACAAACACCUUAAUUUGAAGACACAGUUCUCUCAUACUAAAAAAGACAUGGAAGUUUACCUUGUAAUUAGAGAUUUGGUUUCAUUGCUUGUUGUUGGGCUAUUAAUGAUAUGGGGAUGGAGAACUUUAAACUGGGUAUGGCUGGCCCCAAAAAGGCUCGAAAGCUGCUUGAGACAACAGGGUUUUGCAGGGAAUCCUUACAGGUUCCUUUCUGGUGACAUAAAAGAGCUCUUCACUAUGAGCAGACAAACAAGAGCGAAACCUAUGCCUCUUAGUGAUGAUAUUGGGCCUUAUGUUGUUCCUUUUCAACAUCAAACCGCUAACCAGUAUGGAAAGAAUUCAUUUACGUGGUUUGGUCCAAGACCAAGGGCGAACAUUACGGACCCUGAAAAAAUAAGAGAAAUACUUAACAAAUUUAAUGACUUCCAGAAGAUACGUACCAAUCCUCUGCUUAAUUUGCUUGUAAGCGGCCUUGUUAACCUCGAAGGAGACCGAUGGAGCAAGCGUAGAAAAAUCAUAAACCCUGCAUUUCAUCAAGAUAAGUUGAAGAAUAUGUUGCCAGCAUUUUAUCAAAGUUGUAGUGACAUGUUAAGCAAAUGGGAGAAGAUGGUGUGUACAGAAGGAUACAGUGAGUUAGAUGUGUGGCCUUAUCUCGUAGAUUUGACAAGAGAUGUGAUUUCCCGAUCUGCUUUUGGAAGCAGCUUCGAAGAAGGCAAACGAAUUUUCCAAUUACUAGAGGACCAACUCGUUGUCACAAUCAAAUUAAUACAAACUGUUUACAUUCCAGGAUGGAGGUUUUUGCCAACAAAGACAAACAGGGAGAUGAAGAUGAAACACAGAGGCAUAAAAGAGUCGCUUAGGGAAAUGAUAAAGAGAAGGGAGAAGGCAAUUAAAGCAGGGGAAGAGAGCAAUGAGGACUUGUUGGACAUACUUGUGGAAUCCAAUAUCAGAGAAAUGGAAGCAAAGAAUAUGGGGAUGAGCAUUGAGGAUGUGAUUGAGGAAUGCAAGCUGUUUUACUUUGCUGGCCAGGAGACCACUUCGGUCUUACUGGUGUGGACUAUGGUUUUAUUAGCAAGGUAUCCCGAUUGGCAAAGUAAAGCAAGAGAGGAGGUUUUGCAUGUUUUGGGUGACAGUAAACCUGAUGCUGAUGGCCUUAAUCGUCUCAAAGUUGUAACAAUGAUAUUGUACGAGGUUCUAAGGCUGUACCCACCGGUGGUUGAGCUAGGACGUUCCGUUCCAAAAGAAAUAAAACUGGGGAAUUUGUUGUUACCAGUAGGAACAGAAGUUUCGGUUCCGAUCCUGCAGAUCCACCAUGACAAAGAUCUUUGGGGUGACGACGCACGGGAAUUUAAGCCAGAGCGGUUCGCGGAAGGGGUUUCCAAAGCAACAAAGAGUCAAGUCACGUUUCUGCCAUUCGGAUGGGGUCCUAGGAUCUGUAUUGGCCAAAAUUUUGCUUUGAUGGAAGCCAAAAUGGCGAUGGCUAUGAUUCUCCAACGCUUCUGGUUCGAGCUUUCCCCUUCCUAUGCUCACUCUCCUUACAGCAGGGCAACUCUUCGUCCACAGCAUGGUGCACAGAUAAUUUUACAUAAACUUGGCUGUAAUUGAAUUGUUAUGUAAACAAAUCUUUGUGAAAACAUAGCGUUUUAGUGUAUCGUCAAAGUCCGGUAUCUGUAAUGGUACAAAUUCGAUGAAUGAAUAGUAAAUUUUGAGA